GCUCACGGCUCACCGCUCACCUCAGCCGGAGCUGUCAGCGCCGGGCUGGUCCCUCCCGCCGCAGCGAUGGAGCCCGGCCCCGGCGCGCCGCCGGCACCGCGCCCGCCCAGAUCCAGUCUUGCUUAUGGAAUCGUUGAAGAUCUGAGAGCAGUGAAAAAACACUUUUGCAUGCAAAAAAAGAACAUUUGGGUCCAUGUGUAAGUGUGGCACUUGAUGACUCACCUACAAGGUUUCUUUGCUGACAUCUGAAGAACGAAGCGCUUUUCAACCUGUAUUUCUGUAGCACUAUGACUAACUGUAAAGGCAGAUCUACCGUCUUCAAAACAAAUAGCAAAGUCCAUGACAGAGAAGGCUUUGUAAACUGGACCAUAAAUCUUAAUACAAUUCAGUCUGAUAAAUUUUUGAGGCUGCUUUUAAGUAUGGUUCCUGUUGUUUACCAAAUAAACCAAGACGAAAGACACAAAAAAGUGAACGGUGUCUGGCAAGAUGGAUUGCAGCCAGCAGGACACAAUUUUAAUGCUAGGCCCGAGCAACACACAGAGUACCAUCACUUCUCAGAACCAAGUUAUCAUGGUAGCAAUGGACACAGCCCUUCUAGCUGUAGCCCUAAAUAUGAUGAUUUUACCAGUUAUAAUUAUUGUGAUGGAUUGGAUACUUCAGAAACAGAUGCCAUGUUGCAGGAAGACAAUCUGUCUAGUGACAGUAAUGAAGAUAUCAUUGUGGAAGGAAGUAGAAAACAGCCCAAAGAAUCUAGUAGUAUUAUGGCACUACAGAUACUUGUACCUUUUUUGCUAGCAGGAUUUGGAACGGUUUCUGCUGGCAUGGUUUUGGAUAUUGUACAGCAUUGGGAUGUGUUCAAGAAUGUUACUGAAGUCUUUAUCUUGGUUCCUGCACUUCUUGGUCUCAAAGGAAAUUUGGAAAUGACCUUGGCAUCCAGGCUGUCAACUGCUGUAAAUAUUGGAAAAAUGGAUUCUCCCAUUGAGAAAUGGAACCUAAUAAUUGGCAAUUUGGCCUUAAAACAGGUUCAGGCAACAGUAGUUGGUUUUCUGGCAGCAGUGGCAGCAGUUAUUUUGGGCUGGAUUCCAGAGGGCAAAUACCGCUUUGAUCACUCAGUCCUUUUGUGUUCUAGCAGCGUAGCAACUGCCUUCAUAGCUUCUCUUUUACAAGGGAUAAUAAUGGUUGGAGUUAUUGUUGGAUCCAAGAAGACUGGUAUUAAUCCUGACAAUGUUGCCACUCCUAUAGCAGCAAGUUUUGGAGAUCUUAUCACCCUUGCUAUACUAGCAUGGAUAAGUCAGGGUCUUUAUACUUGCCUUGAGACAUAUUCCUAUGUAUCUCCUUUGGUUGGUGCCUUUUUUUUGAUUCUGACUCCGGUGGGGAUUGUCAUAGCUGCCAAACACCCAGCUACCAGAACUGUCCUCCAUUCAGGAUGGGAGCCUGUUAUAACUGCCAUGAUUAUAAGCAGUAUUGGUGGCCUUAUUCUGGACACAACUGUAUCUGAUCCUAACUUAGUUGGAAUUGUUGUUUAUACCCCAGUAAUUAAUGGUAUUGGUGGUAAUCUAGUAGCUAUUCAAGCUAGCAGAAUUUCUACCUACCUCCAUUUACACAGCAUUCCUGGAGAGCUACCAGAAGAAGCCAAGGGUUGCUAUUACCCAUGCAGGACAUACUAUGGUACAGGGGUAAAUAACAAAUCAGCCCAAGUUCUGCUGCUUUUGGUGAUUCCUGGACACCUGAUUUUCUUGUACACCAUCCACCUAAUGAAAAGCGGACAUACUUCCUUAACCCCUAUCUUCAUAGCAGUGUAUUUGUUUGCAGCCCUGCUACAGGUGUUUACUUUGUUAUGGAUUGCUGACUGGAUGGUGCACCACUUCUGGAAAAAAGGAAAAGAUCCUGACAGUUUUUCUAUCCCUUACCUUACUGCACUGGGAGAUCUGCUUGGAACUGCCUUACUAGCCAUAGGUUUUCAUUUUCUGUGGCUCAUAGGUGACAGAGAUGGUGAUGUUGGUGACUAAUUAUUCCAGUGGAUGCAAUGACUUUUUCUGGAAUAUUGACAAGACUGAUCACUCCACUUGAAGGUCCUCAAAGUGACUGGUCCAUUUGGUCUAAGUAAAUCCAGUUGACACAGACAUAAAACAGCCUUAAUGAAUUUAGUUUGGUUUGCAUUUACAAACUUGGAUGGAAUAGGAUACUUCAGACCUGUAUUCCAGAACCAAGGUGAAUUGCUGGUAGUUGAUGAUAUCUGAGUAGAUACAAUGAGGGGCAGAUCAAUCCUUUAUCAAGUUUUAAAUUUUUAAAAGAUAUGGUCUUUUAAAAGAACAGUUCCUUACCUGUAUUGUGAACCAGAACAAUCUCUAAUUUCUCAUUCACUGGUGACAAAGAAGAGGGUAAGACUUAAUCAGUGUCUUGCCUUGACUUUCCCUCCCAGGGACAAAGUGGGAAUAUUUUUUCAUUUUGCCCCAGAAGUGGCAGGGUAGACCUCAGAUUAAUUCAAUUUCAUAGACAUUACCUGAAUAGUUGAUAUAUUCUUAUCUUGCAGUUUCAGUGCUGUAGCUCUCUGACCAUUGGAGACUGAAUGUCAAGAAUGACUGUUAUGGUGAUUAGAACCCUGUUUGUCCACACAUGUUGUCACAAGCUUUAUUUUCUGUAUACUAAUAUGACCAUCAGCAUUUAUAAAAUUAGGCACUUGAAAAGUGUCUACAGGGCUGAGCCCUUUCUUUUUGUGCUAAAAAGAGCAACCUAAUUACUUUGCUGUUGUGAUUUAUUAGAGCAAGAAAAUAGUAAAGGCAAAUAAUGUGACACUGACCUGACCAAUAAUAAUGGAUGAACGAUUAAAACUCCUUCUGUUGGAAAGUGUAUGUUCAUUUAGCAACUGAAAAGAUGUUUAACUAACUGAUAAUAAUGGUGUUGUGAUGGCCAGUAUUCUGAUUUUAAUGAAGUAUUUAGAGGUGUUGAUUUAACUGUAAAUACUGAUCCCUGCUUAAAACUUGAGGUAUAAAAGAUGAAGUUUCUUUCUUAGGCACUUAGGAAGUUACAUGGACUUCUCAAAUUCCAGAGCUUUAUCAUCCAUUUCUAAGCAGAAAUCUCUGCUAACAGGGGAUCUGCUUUCAAACUGUGGAAGUAAUAUGGUCAAUGAGGAAAAUGCAGUUUCUGAAGGAUUUCUCUUAUUUGUAGACCUCAAUAUUUCAAACAAUACAUUGAUCAUGACAACUUUGGUUGCCACUUUGAAAUAAAAGGUACUAAUUGCUCUGUUUUAAAAUCUAGUGUGAGUUCCUCACAGCAUAUGUUUUUCAAGACUAUAGCAUAAAUCCUAAAUGCAUAAUUAAAUAAACAAAUCAUAUUUUAAAUGUUGUGGCUGAAAGUUUUAAAUUUUGAUAUUUAAAUUAGAUGACUAAAUCCAUGUAUCAGCAUAUGUUUUAAGCCUAUAGUCAUGUGCUUUAUACAUACAAAUCCUUUUUAAUUUGAUGGACCUACUCAGAUGAGUAGAUUAUGUUGGUAAGUGUUAAUAGGACUUCUAUAGGUGUUGGUCACCUUAACCCCUUUGGAAGUUCAAAGUGUUUGCAACUUUGAAAAUUAAACCAGCUAUUCAGUGCCUACACGUGGAUUUAGAUGCCUGGAUUUUAGCUCCCUCAUUUAAACACUUUUAUUUAAGCUUUUUCUGACAGUUAUGAUAAUAUAGUUGUUUGAAUGAA